AUGGCCGACCCGGGAGUGGUCGAAGGCAAACCUCCUCCGCAUUACGAUGUCGCCGAAGGCGCCCAGGAGAGCCAGGAGGGCUUCUGGCGCGACAAGGAGGAUUUCUGGACGCGGAUGGGCCUCAGCGGUCGCUCCUUCGGUCGCCGCGAGGACGGCGGUUCCUUUGAGCUGGAGCGCACGAUGAAGGGCCGCCAUCUGAACAUGAUCGCCAUCGGCGGUUCCAUCGGCGCUGGCUUCUUCGUCGGUUCCGGCAGCGCCCUGGCCACUGGCGGGCCUGGUUCCUUAUUUAUCUGCUUCCUCAUCUGUGGUGUCAUGCUGUUCAACACCGUCUAUGCCCUCGGUGAACUCGCCAUCAUGUAUCCUGUCUCCGGCGGUUUCUACACCCUGUCUACCCGCUUCAUCGAUCCGUCCUGGGGUUUCGCCAUGGGCUGGAACUACGUCUUACAAUGGGCCGUUGUGCUCCCUCUCGAGCUGACAGUCUGUGGUUUCACCGUACAAUACUGGAACAGAGACAUCAGUGUCGGCGUCUGGGUGACGGUCUUCCUGGUCGCUAUCGUCCUGCUGAACAUCUUUGGUGGUAUCGGUUAUGCCGAGGAGGAGUUCGUUGCUGCAACCCUUAAGCUCACCGCCACCGUCAUCUUCAUGGUCAUCGCUUUGAUCUUGGUCUGUGGUGGUGGUCCCUCUGAUGGCCGCUACUCGGAAUACUGGGGUGCCCGCCUGUGGUACAACCCUGGCGCCUUCAAGUACGGCUUCCGGGGCUUCUGCAGUGUCUUCGUCACCGCAGCUUUCUCCUUCAGCGGUACCGAGCUUGUCGGUCUCGCCGCCGCUGAGGCCCGUAACCCUGUCAAGACGAUGCCCGGUGCGAUCAAGCAGGUCUUCUGGCGAAUUACCCUCUUCUACAUCCUUGGUCUCUUCUUUGUGGGCCUGCUUGUCUCGAGCGAUGACCCGAACCUGCUCAAUUCCCCCGACGCGGCCUCCAACGUGAUCGAUGACCCCAACACCUCCCCCUUUGUGCUGGCCAGCAAGUACGCCGGUCUCUCAGGCUUCGCCGACUUCAUGAACGUGAUCAUCCUGAUUUCCGUCCUGUCCAUCAGCAUGUCCGCCGUGUACGGUGGUUCGCGCUGUCUGACCGGUCUUUCCCAGCGCGGCCAUGCCCCCAAGAUCUUCAACUAUAUUGACCGCUCGGGGCGCCCCCUGGUGAGCACCGUCUUCAUCAUCAUCUGGGGCUUCAUCGCCUAUAUCGGUCUCAGCGCAAAGGAUUCCACCGUCUUCGACUGGCUCGAGGCCUUGUCCGGUCUGGCCGCCCUGUUCACCUGGGGCAGUAUCUGUCUCUGCCACAUCCGCUUCCGCAAGGCUUGGGCCCACCAAGGCCACUCGCUCGAUGAGAUCCCCUUCAAGGCUGUCGGCGGUAUCUAUGGAAGCUACCUCGGCCUGGCACUCAACAUCCUCUCCAUGCUUGCCCAGUUGUUCACUGCCAUCGCUCCCGCCGGAGGUGGUAUCAACGGUGCCUACGGCUUCUUCGAGUCCUACCUCGCCCUCCCCGUCGUCAUCGCCUUCUGGAUCUUUGGCUACGUCUGGAAGCGCCAGGGCUGGAUCUCCAUCGACAAGAUCGAUAUCGACACCGACCGUCGCCCGCUGCCCUGGGACGAGAUCAACGCCUACCGCGCCCAGGUGGCGGCCAUGCCCGCCUGGCGACGACUCAUCCAUACUGUUUUCUUGUAA